UUUCCGACAGCGGCGAUGGCGGAGGGGGUCGCGGAGGAGGGCCGCCGGGGCGAGGAGCCGGUGCCGGUGACCCCGGCGGCGGCGGCGGCGGAGGAGGAGGAGGAGGGGUCCCAGGGGCUCGGGGACCGCCGGCUGCUGCGGUCGCGGUACCUCGCCGUCAAGAGCCAGAUCAACGACGACAAGGAUGAGAUUGCGGGCGCGGAUUCCGUCAGGUUCCAGUCCGUCAUCUCGCAGGUGGAGACCCUGCACCAGCAUGUUAUAAACCCCAGGGAGCAGAUAGCUGAUGCAGAGGCGUUGCUGGACAUUGCCAGCAGUUUGGCAGCAUCUGUAAGGUCCCAGUCAGCACUAGGAAUCACGCCUUCCUAUUUAGUUGCUGCACUCCUCAACAAGUUUGGGACGCAAGGGGAUGCCGAUGGUGAGGGUGCCUCGUUGAGAUGGGGUCAUGUUGGGCUUGCCGCGUCUCAUGUCUUCAUGGCUGUGCCUGGAUGCUGCACCAUGUUUGGUCCCAUGACAACAGAAGUGAUGCCACGGAGGAAACAUAUCACCAGAAAGAGGACUGCAAAACCGUGUAGAAAUGAUCGCCCUGAGCAGCUCGCUGAUCCAGAGACAACAACGACUGAUACAGACAAGAACAUGGCUGCUCUGUUUAAUGUUCUGAGGAGGAAGAAAAAAGUAAGGCUUGAAAACCUUGUUUUGAACAGAAUUUCCUUUGCCCAAACGGUGGAGAACAUAUUUGCCUUGUCAUUCCUGGUUAAAGAUGGCAGAGUGGAAAUUGAUGUGAAUGAUGAUGGACAUCAUAUCGUGUGCCCAAGAAAUGCACCUGCUGCUAGUGCAGUUGGCUCAGGAGAAGUGGUAUACAACCAUUUUGUCUUCAGAUACGAUUUUAAAGACUGGCAGCUCAUGAAAGGGAUCGUCCCGGAGGGGGAAGAACUGAUGCUGCACAGACCUCCUUCUGUCAGCACGUCUGGAGGAAAUACCCAGGCGGAGACACCUUCUCGCAGCACGCCUGGAGGAAAUCACCAGGUGGAUGUGCAUGAACUCAGCACGCCUGGUGGCAAUGAGGAUCCAGCGACGCCUGCACAUGGCACGUCCUGGGGAAACAACGAGCCUGAGAUGCAUGCGCACACAACUUCAAUCAGGAAGCACUGCAGGAACCGGGGCCUGGUCAUGCAAGCGCGGCAAGACGAGGUGACGGCUAUGGACACUCAGGAAGCCACGGAGGAUAAGCAGCAGGCGGAUGCGCAAGAUGAGGCGGUCGGCACUGUCAAGCGGGAGGCCAUGGCGAUGGAGGACAGGGAGAUGGCCAAGGGCAGGCAGGAGAUUGUCCAGACGUACAAGCGCAAGCGGUCUGAUCGCCAUCCACCCGCCGGCGGCCACCGUGCACAUGCGUCCUGGGGUUCCUUUGGUGUAGGUAAAGAGUUUACCCGGCUGACCUAGCUCUAGCUUUACCCGGCUGACCUAGCAAUAGCUUUUGGGAGGAGGACUUUUGUAGGGGUGGGCAAGUCCAGAUGUAUGAUUUGGAUAAUGUGAAAAGUAGUCUUGAGUUAGAGAAAUGUUGAUCGGCGCCA